CCGCCGCCUCCUGCAUGUCUUUACUGCCCUCAGCCCCGCCGCCUGAGCAGCCGCCUGAGCCCCGCCGACGGACGCCCCGGGGGCUGGAUGCAGACUAACAGGGAUGCCAAAGGAAAAAUAUGAUCCUCCAGAUCCUCGCAGAAUUUACACCAUCAUGUCAGCAGAGGAGGUAGCCAAUGGGAAGAAGUCCCAUUGGGCAGAAUUGGAAAUCUCGGGUAGAGUGCGGAGCUUAAGUACGUCACUUUGGUCGCUAACGCACUUGACCGCUCUACACCUCAACGACAACUAUCUGACUCGCAUUCCGCCUGAUAUUGCCAAGCUUCAUAAUCUGGUUUACCUGGAUCUUUCAUCCAACAAACUCAGAAGUUUACCAGCAGAACUAGGAAACAUGGUAUCUCUCAGGGAAUUGCUUUUAAACAACAAUUUGUUACGAGUGUUGCCUUAUGAACUUGGUCGGCUCUUCCAGCUGCAAACACUAGGUUUGAAAGGCAAUCCUUUAUCACAAGAUAUUCUCAGCCUGUACCAGGACCCAGAUGGGACUCGGAAACUAUUGAACUAUAUGCUUGACAAUCUAGCAGUUCAUCCCGAGCAGCUGCCUCCAAGGCCAUGGAUUACAUUAAAAGAACGAGACCAAAUUCUGCCCUCAGCUUCGUUUACCGUCAUGUGUUACAACGUGUUGUGUGAUAAAUAUGCCACCCGACAGCUCUAUGGCUACUGCCCGUCCUGGGCGUUAAACUGGGAGUACAGGAAAAAGGGAAUCAUGGAAGAAAUUGUUAACUGGGAUGCAGAUAUCAUUAGCCUUCAGGAAGUAGAAACCGAGCAAUACUUCACCCUCUUUCUGCCAGCAUUAAAAGAGCGUGGGUAUGAUGGAUUUUUUUCUCCAAAGUCACGUGCCAAAAUCAUGUCCGAACAGGAGCGGAAGCAUGUGGACGGUUGUGCAAUAUUCUUCAAAACAGAAAAGUUCACAUUGGUGCAGAAGCACACGGUCGAGUUCAACCAAGUGGCGAUGGCCAACUCGGAAGGAUCAGAAGCUAUGUUGAACAGAGUGAUGACGAAGGACAAUAUUGGUGUCGCCGUGGUGUUAGAGGUGCACAAAGAACUGUUUGGAGUUGGUAUGAAGCCGCUCCAUACAGUGGACAACCAGCUGCUUAUUAUAGCAAACGCCCAUAUGCAUUGGGACCCUGAAUACUCAGAUGUAAAACUUGUCCAGACCAUGAUGUUUGUCUCUGAAUUGAAAAGUAUCCUUGAGAAGGCCUCCGGCAGGCCUGGGAGCCCGUCAGCAGACUUGAGCUCCAUCCCUCUGGUGCUGUGUGCAGAUCUGAACUCGCUGCCUGAUUCAGGUGUGGUGGAAUAUUUAAGCAACGGAAUAGUAGCUGACAACCACAAAGACUUCAAGGAGCUGCGGUACAACGAGUGUCUCAUGAACUUCAGUGGUAACGGGAAGAACGGGGCUUCGGAAGGGAGGAUCACGCAUGCCUUCCAGCUCAAGAGCGCCUAUGAAAACAACUUGAUGCCUUAUACAAAUUACACCUUUGAUUUCAAAGGUGUGAUCGACUACAUUUUUUAUUCCAAUACUCACAUGAACGUGCUCGGCGUCCUGGGGCCGCUGGACCCUCAGUGGCUGGUGGAGAACAACAUCAGCGGGUGCCCGCACCCCCACAUCCCUUCCGACCACUUCUCACUGUUGACGCAGCUUGAGCUCCACCCUCCCUUCCUGCCUCCAAUCAACGGCAUCCACUUGCCUACCAGGAGGUAGUGGAGCCCCCCCCCCCACCUUUGGAGG